AUGUCACUCCCUCACCAGACCAACCCUCGUAUCUCCUCUCCUCGGGGAGACGAAGAUCCAACCGAACUCUCACUGAUGCUGUCCGGUCAGCCGUAUCAUUCUUGGAACCCCUACAUAGAUAGGAUAAGGGAUGCUCAAGCCAGGAAGGUAUGGGAUAUCAACCAGGUCGUGGAUAUGAUGGGGAGGAUGCAGAAGAUGAGGGAGUUUAUAUAUAUGGGUAAAGAAGUGUGGAUCGUUCAAGGGUUUUUCUGUGAAUAUGGAUUCAACAUAACUAUAGGAGACGAAGUGUUCAUAGGUGCCAAUUGCACUUUACUUGAUGUUUGUCCAAUCACGAUCGGCUCAAGAACGAUGCUAGGGCCCAACGUCCAGAUCCUCACCCCUUCCCAUCCUAUAAGUCCCGAAGAGCGAAGCGGCUUGAAAGGUAGGGAAUGGGCCAAACCCGUUAAAGUGGGAAAUGACUGUUGGAUAGGUGCAGGAGUUACCAUCUGUCCAGGUGUGACUGUGGGUGAUGGAUCAACUAUCGGUGCUGCAUCUGUAGUCACAAGGGAUGUACCUCCAAGAUCGGUGGUGGUUGGCAAUCCCGGAAGGGUGAUCAAGAGGAUAUUAGAGGAUGGGACAGUUGAGAAUGUAUGA